AUGGAUUGCUGGAAUGGCUAUAUAGGUUUUUGUUCACAAGGUUCACUUUUCCCACUGUGUCACCCACACUUUUCCCUCUUCCUGCAGGAAUGGAUUGCUGGAAUCUCUCACUGCCAGCACAGAAGUGCUCCAGUCAUUUUGGGCAAAGCAAAACAAACUUGGGCUGCAGAAAAAGCCCUUACUGGAGAAGCUUCAACUGGCAAGGAACUGCCAAUUCCAUGGGCUGUCCAUGGAGAUGGGGCCCCAUACAGUGAGAUAGACUCACUGAGGGUCAUCUCCAUGAGGUGCAUGCUGAGUGAUGUUAGUGUGCAGCAUUCACAGCUUUUGCUGGCCAGUGUGCCUAAGCAAGCUACUGUGGACUCCACCUGGCAACCUCUUUGGGCAGAGAUUGCCAACUCCCUGACCAUCCUUGCAAAUGGUGGGGUGGUUUGGGUGAUUUGUGGCGACUUGGAGUUCUUUUGCCAAGAAUUCCAAUUUCCGACAGCGAUGUCAAAUUACCCAUGCAAAUACUGCUGUGCUACAAAUUUCUUUGGCAAGAAUGAUGUGCCUUUUACUGAUUUCAGGAGCGCAGCUGCUUGGAGAAGCACAAAGCUGGAGGCUGUGGAGGACAUAGUGGACCACCCCCUCAUGGAUGUUCCAGCAAUCAGCUUCUGGACUAUAAAGCUUGAUUGGCUGCACCUUGUGGACUUGGGCUGUGCAAGCCAGCUCUUUGGGAAUGUUGUGUGGGACCUGAUUGAAGACCACCUUGAAGGGCCAUCAAGGGCUGCAAAGCUCCUGGAGUUGAACCACAUGAUCUGCAAGGCCUACCAGGAGAACAACAUCCCUGCCUCCAAAAGACUGGGGAGGCUCAGCCUGUCUGAUGUCUGGAAUGGUGGUGAUGACUACCCCAGCUUGAGGCACCAGAAGGGAAGGAGAGUGAGAUACUUUUCGUUGGUAGCUUGCCAGCUGGCUGCAGAGUUUGCAGUGGCUGACUUUGGCAAGCAUCGCCUCAAGGCUGUGGAAGCCAUGAAUGACAUGUACUGUUUGGCUGACAGAAAGGAGCAUGUGUGGUCUGCAGACACAUACAAUCAGUUCAAGCAGGCCACACACAAAAUGCUCUUGCACUAUGGCUGGCUAGCCAAAAAGCCCAUGGAGAAGAAGCUGUGCAGAUACAGCAUCACCCAAAAGCACCACAAGCUGGCUUGCAGGUACAUAGACCAGUGCCUAUACCUGGCACCAAGGUCUACUUGGUGUUACGGUCCUGAGAGUUACAUGAGCAUGCGCAUCAGGAUCGCUGCAGCCUCUGUAAAGGGAACAGGUGGCACAAAGCUGCCUGGAAAG